AUGGAGCGUUCAAAUCUACAGAAAGCGGCUCUGAUCCAAACAAGGAAAGAAUUGGCAGACACGGAAGCAACAUUCGAGGACCAGUUGAAAGGUCUUGAAGAAAAAAUCAAGGUAUCUCACAAGGUGUUGUUGCAAAGAGUGGCGAAAAAGGAAAAAAGGAAUCUGUGA